UCUCUGCAGUUUUGUUUUUUUUUUGGGAUUCCCUAAAUGUAAAGGGCUAUGUUCAGAAAGAAACAGAAAAUGGAGAAAUAAGUGUUCAGGCAAACAGACGGAAUAAUAAUGACUGGAUGAUGUUUGACAAAAGCUGUUUUCUUCUGGAAAAUGACUUGACUUAGGGCAGUAAUAUGUGUGGAAGAGGCAUUCUUGACAGAGAGAGGGCUGGAAAGCUUCUAAUGCAAACAGGAUUGGGCCUUAUUAUCGCUGGACACCUUAACUUCAUUUUGGGAGCUGUAGUACAUGGGACAGUUCUACGACAUUUGACCAGUCCUGGAGAUUACCUUGCAAUUGAAUAUUUCACUAUUAACAUCCUUACAAUUAUAUCAGGGAUUCUGAGUAUUGGCUCAGGAAUUGCAGCAAUUGUUCUAUCAAGGAACCUCCGCAAUGCUAGACUGCAAUGGUCGAUAUUAAUUCUGACCGUAGUGUGUGCGGUGCUCUGUGCGGCCUGCAUGGUGGGGCUUUCCUUCUCUAUUGUCAUCACCAUUGUUAACGGAGGACGCUCAUUAUAUGCUGCCUGCAGUUUCACUAAUACAGGAAGAGUGAAGAUGUACAGCUGCCCUUUUGACCCAACACGCAUUUAUGACACCACACUGGCUCUCUGGUUCCCUUCAUUACUAAUGAAUGCACUAGAAGUUGUGUUUGCUUCCAGAUGUUUCAUAUUAACACUGAACCUGCUUGGAGUCAAACUAGGUAAAAUGAAGAAAAGAAAAAGAAAAGUGGUACGUAUUCAAGUUCCUCCAAAAGAGCUAGAAGACAUUGAAGAGGAGAAUAAGCCUUUAACCCCUUCUGGCACCACAAGCAUCUGGCUUUAAGAAAUGGGACUUGAUUGCUGAGAAGGAUGGUACCAGUACUGAGGAACUGCCAGUCUCACAUGUUAUCAGUGACGGAACCAGCCUGUACAGUGGAACUGCCAGGUGAUUUAUCCAGCUGCAUUAAUUUCUCGCAGAGUUUCAGUGAUAUUAAUCAUCCUCCUGGUGUUUCUUCAGACCUUGUUUUGAUAGAUUUCUGCACAAAUCAAGGUCAAAGGCUCUUGAAUUGUUGGACAGAUUACUCAGACAAGCUGGAAAAAUUUGCUGCACAUUUUUUAAGUCAGUUUUAACUUUAUUUGCAUAUUGCCACCUGGUUGGUUAGAAUGCUUCUGUUGCAAAGCUUUACAGUUUUUUGUGUAAAUGACUUGUAUAUCUUUGUGAAAAACAAGAAACUGCCAAGUGAUUGCUUUUUACUGCAUUUCAAAUAAUAAAUUGCUAUAAAUAAAUGUACAUUUUUUUACAUUUUAA